GAAAAAAUGGUAUCCUCGACUAUAAAGGCGGUGCUAAUCUCCACCGGAAUCACUUUCGUGGCUCUGUUUCUAAAGGCUUCAGUUCCUAUCGCAUUGGAUUUCUCCUUAUCUCGAUCUCCGAUCCUUUGGAGCUCAUUUCUCUCGUGCCUGAAACCGCCGUACCUAUUCGUCGUCAUCAAUGUCAUAAUCACCAUUAUUGUAGCUUCUUCCAGCUACCACGACGGCGAAGAAGACGAGAUUUUUCACGGUGGCGACUAUAAUAUUAAUCAGUCUGAGCCAAUCGUCAACCGAGCUCCUCCACGAUGGCUUGAGGUUAAAGAUGUCGAUUCCGAUUUUACGGUCACAUUUCCUUCGCCGAUCUUCGUUACGGAGGUGGAGAAAUCGGAGGAUGUGUAUGAAGAGAAGAAGGCGGAGGAGAUUUCAGGACAGAUGAACGGUGGAGAUGUGACACCGAAGUUGAAUCAAGUUCCGUCGAUGUCUAAUAAACCGGAGAAUAUUGGUUCGGGUGAGAAGCCUCCGGUUUCGGCAAGAUCCGACGGCCACCGGAAACCGGUCAAAGGGAGUCCAAAAGGCGGUAAAAAGAGAAAGGCGUUGAGAGUGGCGAAACCAAAGCGGCGCGAGACGACGACGCUGGAGAACACGUGGAAGAUGAUAACGGAGGAGGGAAAGUCAACGACGUUGACCAGUCAUUACCGGAGAUCUGACGCCGGGGAAGUACAACCUGCCUUGAGGAAAUCGGUGACGUUCAGGGACAUGACUAAUUAUCAAAAGCCUCCGACGCCGCCGGUGAAGAUAAAGAAGGAGAUGUCGCCGAGUCGAGAGGAGCUGAAUCGAAGAGUAGAAGCAUUUAUAAAGAAGUGUAAGGAAGAGAGGCUAGAGUCGAUGAGAUUGGACAAAUAGGUCGCUCUUAGACAUGGAAUUAUUGAUCGUUUUUACUAUUUUUACUCUUGUAUUUUCUUCUUUUUGUAUUCACAGCAAAAUGAAUCAAAAGAAGAGAUUAAGAUAAUAAUACAAAAAAU